UGGGACAAUGUUAGCAGCCCUCUGAACAUUUCUGAAACUGAGGAAUGGUACAAGUCCAAGUCGGCUGAUGUGACUGAUGCUGCUUAUCGCAACAAUGAUGCUUUUCGCACGGCAAAACAAGAGAAUGGUGAAUAUCGCAGACAAAUCCAGACAUUGACCUGUGAUAUUGAUGCACUUAAGGGAACAAAUGAAUCUCUUGAGCGCCAGAUGCAAGAAAUGGAAGAACGUUAUAUUUUGGAAGCAAAUAAUGCCCAAGACACCAUUGUCCGUCUUGAAGAUGACAUUGGUAACUUGAAGGAUGAGAUGGCUCGUCACUUGCAAGAGUAUCAGGAGUUACUGACUGUGAAGAUGGCUCUAGACAUUGACCUGUGGCCAGAGAGGAUUUGA